UUUUAUCAUUGUCGAAAAGUUUGUCGCGUUGAGUAGACAGUGUUUUAAAAAUUAUUUGAAGAGAAAGUGACCGACCGAGAGAUAAAUAAUGUCUCAUGAACACCGUUCAAGAAAAGGAGAUCGCAGAUCACAUGAUUCUCAUGUUUCCGAAACAUAUAGAAGAAGCAAUGCGGAAUCGAAUCGUGUUUGGGUAAAUCCAAAAUAUCAAAAUAAUAGUUAUAAAGGCAACAAAGAUCUUCGAUCUAAACUUUAUGACAAAAAUUACGGUGCAACAAUGAAACAAAAACAGCGUUGGAUGGGCACGAGAUAUUUUUAUAAUAAUAAUUCAGGAGAUAAGAAAGACGUUCGAAAUCAAAGUGAUGCAUUGAAUAAUGCGAAUUUUGAUCGAAAUCGACGUCGAAAUUAUCAAAAUAUAAAUACUUCAAAAAAUCACCCGAUUAACCAGCGAAAAAAAAACAAUUACAGAGGAACCAAGGGAGGAAGGCGGCACAUUCCUGAAUGGAAGCGCCAACAACAAUUUCAAAAUAAUUUGGACACUUUAUUUACAUCAAUGAUUAAAGCCUGUAAGAAAGUGUACAAAUAUAAUGUAAAAUAAUAUAAAAAUUAAAAAUAAAGUUUGUGGCCAAAAGAAAUAAUUU